GCCACCCGGUGCUGAGGGGGACUCUUAAACAUUGUCUGCUAAACCGUGUCCAUUCCAAAUUAGGCUGUGGUUUAUUAAUAUGAAUUUGGUUUUUUUCUUUUUUUCUUUUUCUUUUUUUUUUUUUUUUUUGUUAGGAUUUUAAUUUUUUUCUAGCGCUUGAAUAGAAAACAGUACGUAAAGAAUUAGUGUGGAAUUAUUUCAGGCUAAAGCUAUGCGUGUGCUUCUAACGUACCAUGAGCCUUGCAUUUUUGCUUAACUUGAUGAGAAUUGCCUAACCUUAGAUGAGGGAUAUAACUUUUGACCUGUGGGACCGGCUGGGCGCCGAGCGCGGCUACCACGGCCACAGCAGCAGCGGCUCCGCCGGCUGCGGGAACAGCAGCGCUGUCGCCGACCCGCUGCGGCAGGAGGUGGAAGCCCUGGUCUCCCACUGGAACCUCUACAUCAACUUGGGGGGCUUCUUUGUCUGUCUCUUCUCCGUGACUCUGUUUGGACCAUGGAGCGACAGCGUGGGCCGCCGUCCGGCGCUCAUCCUGUCGGCAGCGGGCAUAGCCCUGCAAACGUCCAUCUACCUGCUGGUCAUGUACCUGGAGCUGCACGUCGCCUACUUGCUCCUGGGACGCCUUCUGAGUGGCCUGACAGGAGACUACAACCUGAUCCUGGCCAGCUGCUUUGCCUACGUGGCCGAGACCAGCGACAGGCGUGCGCGGACGUUCCGGGUGGCCAUCCUCGAGGCGUGCCUGGGCAUCGCAGGCAUGCUGGCCAGCAUCGGUGGCGGCCAGUGGCGCAAGGCCCAGGGCAGUGAUUUCCUGGAGCAAGUGGCCAGUGAAACCACCAGUGCAAGAGGGAUCAGUGACCAGCAGGCACCAGAAUUGCCUGAAGAGUUGGAACUGGAAAGAAAGUACUGCAGGACUCCUCCUAAGGAUGGUGAGGUCUGUCCCACUGCCAGUAGCUGAGGAAAAGCACAUUUGAUGAUCCCAGUGUGCCCCCUUGUGUCCUGGGACAGCAUGAAGAGCAAGGUGGAAAACACCCAGGAAGACACAGAUCCCAGGUAAGCCAAGGAA